AUCCUCUUGCCACGCCCGGACUUUCCAGUGACCCGGCUGGGGAACGCAGUUUAGUCAGUAACCCAAGCCAGAACAAACUGAGGAGCUAAAAAUAUUAACAGUCAACAGUCCGGCUGCUGUGGGACUGAGACGGGGGGCAUGGGAGGGUCUUUACAUAGGGGUUAGAAAGGCUGGCAGGGGGGUAAAGGGGAGAUGGACAGCUGCGGAAAGAGACGCUGCAAGAGCUAGAACAUAAGACGGAGAGAAAAUACGACUAAAAACACCAGCAACACCAACAUCUUUUGAGGGCAGAAUGCUGAAAAAGGUCAAGACUUAUGAAUACAGACCUGUAUGGAUAUUGAGUUCAAGGAGAACGUGCUAGAAUAUCCCCCCACCUUGUGUUUCUCUGCUUGUUAUCCUCUUCUAUCUUUGACAUUUUUCUCACCGCCCCUGGAGGCGAUGAACUUUGCUCUCGGCUUCAAGCCUCCAUCAGCAGGCAGUUCUGGGCCCGGCGCUGGCAGAGGAGCCACCAUGGAGAACCUGGAGAAGCAGCUGAUCUGCCCGGUCUGCCUGGAAUUGUUCUCCAAACCCGUGGUCAUCUUGCCCUGCCAGCACAACCUCUGCCGCAAGUGUGCCAAUGACAUCUUCCAGUCAAUUAACCCUCUGUGGCAAUCCCGUGGCCCAUCCAGCAUGGCUGCCAGUGGCACCCGGUUUCGCUGUCCGUCGUGCCGCCAUGAGGUGGUGCUGGACCGCCAUGGAGUCUACGGUCUGCAGAGGAACCUGCUGGUGGAGAACAUCUUAGACCUUUACAAACAGCAGGAGUCCUCCAGGCUUGUGAACAUAAAGCCAGAGCAGCAGCGGCAGCUGAUGUGUGAAGAACAUGAAGAGGAGAAGAUCAAUAUCUACUGCCUGUCCUGCGAGACGCCGACCUGCUCCAUGUGCAAAGUGUUCGGAAAACACAAAGACUGUGAUGUGGCACCGCUCAGCAACGUCUAUAUGACACAGAAGACAGAGCUGAGCGACGGCAUCGCGAUCUUGGUCGCCAGUAACGACAACAUCCAGGCACUCAUCUCUCAGAUGGAAGAAAUCUGCCGCACUACAGAGGAGAACGGUCAGCGACAGAUACAACAGCUGGCCAACCAUUUUGACAGCCUGGUGGCCAUCUUGGAGGAGCGGAAGCAGGAGCUGGUGGGCCUCAUUACCAAACAACAGGACGAUAAACUCAAACACGUUCGAUCUCUCAUCCGUCGGCACAGUGACGACCUGGAGGCCGCGGUGGCGCUGGUGGAGUCGGCCAUUCAGUCAAUGGAAGAGCCACACAUGCCUUUGUUUAUACAGAGCGCCAAAGUCAUACUGGAAAAAAUGGCAGUGACAGCCAGGGCCUCUAACAUGGAGCGUCCGGAGCUCGGUUAUGAGAGUAUGAGCCACUUCGACAUCGAUACCGACGACCUCGCUGUCAUGCUGAUGAACAUCGACUUCUGCUCCGGUGUGGCAGAUGAUGGAGAAGAAGAUUCUGAAGAAGGUGGAGAAGAGUCAGAACUUGACUUGUGCUCCAGACAUUAAGACCAAAACAGAGGUCCUUACUGCAGUCCUGAGGAAAUGUAAAACAGAGACCGAAGUAGAGGUUUACCAUAAUCCUCUGGAAGAAAUCCACACAGUGUUCAAGAGUGAAGUCAGCCACAGUGGACAUGAAACAACAAAGACAACAUAAUAAAAAAAACAACAACCUGUAAAUGAUUUAAAUCAUACCUUUAUAUACAUUAUCCGUGUUUCCUCCUGCAGCAGCCCAGAUGUGGGAAAACUGACUUGGCCAGAUUUUUGCCUCCCACAUUGUUGCUUUUUGUUCAGUAAAAAAUUGUGUGUAAAUAUAUCUCUCUAUGUAUAGCUCACAGGAAGUGUAUACAGUGGAUUUAGCACUGUAUUCUGUGUUGUGGGAGGGAAAGUAAAAAGAUUUCGUUCA